AUGGCGCCCGGAAUAACCACCGACAACACGAAGAUGACAUUCGUUCCAUCCAGGAACGAUGAACCUCCUACUUUGUACCAGGGCUUGAAUGAAACCGAACUUCAAGCCAAGACACAAAAGUUUCUGCUAAAUUACGGCACCAAAUUCAAUAAAGAUGUCAUCUGCGGCAGCAAAGGUCUAUACGUCUACACUGUUUCAGGACACAAAGUCUUAGAUUGGACCUCAGGCCAGAUGUCUUGCCUCCUUGGACACGGACAUCCGGAGAUCGUGAAAGUGAUUGCAGACCACGCAGCAUCCCUGGAUCACCUCUUUUCUGGAAUGGUGUCGCCUCCCGUUAUCAGCUUAGGCGAACGACUCUCCAGCCUGCUUCCGCCAGGACUGGAUAAAGCCUUCUUCCUCUCCACUGGCGGCGAAAGCAACGAAGCAGCAAUUAAGAUGGCUAAAGUUUACACCGGAAAAUUCGAGAUCGUUGGUCUCGGCGCUAGCUGGCACGGGGUAACUGCGCAGGCUUUGGGCACGCAGUAUCAUUUCGGUCGUAAGGGCCAAGGUCCCUUGAUGCCGGGUAUGUUGAUGCUUCCUGCUCCAAAUUCAUACCGUUCGAUUUUCCGUCGACCAGACGGCUCGUAUGACUGGGAGGCUGAGAUGGAGUAUGGGUGGAACAUGGUCGAUAUGCAGUCUUGUGGCUCGCUGGCUGCUGUUAUCGUGGAAUGCAUCCAAUCAUCAGCUGGAAUGCAUGUCCUUCCACCUGGAUAUCUGGCUGCUCUCAAAAGACAUUGCGAGAAGCGUGGCAUGCUUCUGAUUGUCGACGAAGCUCAGACUGGUGUUGGUCGCUGCGGCGAUAUUAUGGCUAUCACUCAUGAAAAUGUGGUUCCUGAUAUUCUAACACUCAGCAAGACUUUGGGAAAUGGUCUCCCGCUAAGCGCGGUUGUUACCAGCGCUGAGAUCGAACGUGUUUGCAUCGAACGUGACUACUGCUUCUACACUACUCAUGUCAAUGACCCUCUUCCCGCCGCAGUGGGUGACAAGGUUCUUGAGAUUGUGGUACGCGAUCAGCUAGUCCAUCAUUCACGGGAAAUGGGUGUUAUUCUUCACGUAGCACUCAACAAGUUGAAGGAAAAAUACGCAUGUAUUGGAGAUGUCCGUGGACGUGGACUUAUGGCUGGCGUGGAGAUUGUCGAGAGCCGCGAAACGAAAGCUCCCGCUAUCGCCCUCGGAAAGGCCAUCGGCGAUCGAGCCUAUGAGUUGGGUGUCUGGGCGAAUCUGAGCAGCCACCCUAGCUUUGGUGGUACUUUCAGGAUUGCGCCUCCGAUCACUAUCACCAAGCAACAGCUUUUGAGUGGGUUGAAAGUUCUGGAGAAGGCGUUUGCUACUACUCCUGGCACUAUGCCUCUUUAA